AUUUCCGCUUUGGCGCAGAAGUCGCUUUCGUCGUUCUGUGAGAGGAAGAGACGGAGAAGAUCCAUAGUUGAGGCGCCUUGACGCGUAACUGAGCCUGAGCAGGCGGUGGGGCAACUUGUGUGUUGCCGGGAGUCCGCUGGGACUUGUAGUGUUACAGAUUUAUCGUAAGGUGGUGUGAACUUCAGAUCAGAAAAAUGUGGGACGGCCCCCGACAACCAGUUCCUGGAUUUCGGGCUGGCCCUGGAGAAUCAUUUCCACCUAGAAUUCCACCAGGUGCCCAUCCAAGAAUGCGAGGACGACCUCCUUUCCCCUUCCGGGAUGGACCCAGGGUUUCUAAUCCUCGUUUUGGUGGCCCUGGAGUUCCUCCCUUUAUGCACAGGGACAGGGACAUGGCCAUGGAUGGAAGUUGGGAAGAGGGCAGAAUGCUACCUGAGGAACAGCUGCAACUGUCCAGAAGGGCAAGGCUUAACAUGAACUACAAUGCAAUGACUUUCAGAGAAGGGGAGGGGACAAACAUAAACUAUGGGGAGAUGGGUGGCCAAGAAAGUGAGUUUAGGGCUCGCUUAGCCCCAGAUAUGGACUACAGAGAGAGAAAAGCAACCAUCUUGGAUCAGAGAGGGAUACCUGAUGUGGAUUAUAGGCAUGAAGAAGGACCAGCCAUUGCCUACAGAGAGAGACUUCCACCCCCUCCUAUCUUUAGGGAAAGGGAAGGCUUUGAAUACAGGAGGCGCUUGCUUGCAGAGAUGGAGCUCAGAGAAAGGGAGGCAUUGGAACAGCAGAGGCAAAGAAUAAGCACAGCAAUGAAUUAUGCCGAGAAGGAAAUGGAAGAAAUGGAGUACAAGCGUCGCCUAAAUGCUUUGCAAGAAAUAGUCCUGAGACAGCGUGAAUCUUCUGAGUUAAUGUGCAGGGACAGGCAGUCAACAGACAUGUUACUCAGAGAGAGGGAGAAGAUGCUAAGAGAGAAAUCUGCAUUAGAUUACAGGGAGAGAGGCAUUCCUGCACAUUUUCGAGAGUCUGCAGACCUAGACUUAAGGUUCAGAAACAUGGACCAAGAAAGAGGACUGGAGUACAGAGAGAGAAUAGUCAUCGACUACUCACAUAAUGAGAACACAGGGCAGAAGUGCAUGGAGAAAAAGGUCCAAGGCACAGAGUACAUGCUGGGAGAUUAUAAUAGUAGUGUGAGUUUACAGAGUGAUCCGAACCUGGAGACAGACAGCAUAACGUGCAGGGACCUGGAGUCUUCUGGGGAGUCGGAUGCCGCCUAUAAAAAGAGAAAGGUAGAACUUACAGGGACAAAUAGUGACACAGACUAUCGGGCAAAAGAGAGUGCAGACUCUGACUACCGGGGAAAAGAGACAUCAGAUUCAGACUACAGAGGCAGGGAUAACACAAAUUCAGAUUACAGAGACAUGGAGGUUGUUGAAUCGUACUAUCAGGACAAAGAGAGUGCAGAUUCGGACUACCGGGAAAGAAAGAGUGCUGAUGCAGAUUAUCGGAACAGUUCAGAAAACACAUUUAAAAAGACUGCAGACACAGUGGACAACCCUUCCAAGCCUUUGAAAAAUCAAAAAGAGCUCAAGAGCGUAAUGGAAGCUCCUGAUUUAGUGUCAAAAUCUCUCUCCAGAAUGGAUCAAAGGAUCCCCUUCUUGUCUUAUGAUAAACUACAGGUUUCAUCUCUGUCCAAUAUAAAUGAGACUCUUUGUCAGAAGGGGGUGCUGACAGCAGCUAAGGGAGGAGCACCAAGUAAGUCAAACAAAUGCACCUACCCUGGGAAACUAGAUGUAGACUUCAGAGAUCUUCCCAAGCAAAAUCUUAACCAAGAAACCAAAGAAGCAGGUAACAAAGUCAUGGGGUACUCAUCAGUCAGCAAGGAGCUUUGUCAAAGUGAUCAAGACAUGCGCAACAAGGAUAACUUCAGUAAGAAUUCCACUCAGGCGGGUGGUGAUCAAGACUUGCGCAACAAGGAUAACUUCAGUAAGGGUUCCACUCAGGCGGGUGGUGACCAAGACAUGCGCAACAAGGAUAACUUCAGUAAGGGUUCCACUCAGGCGGGUGGUGACCAAGACAUGCGCAACAAGGAUAACUUCAGUAAGGGUUCCACUCAGGUGGGUGGUGACCAAGACAUGCGCAACAAGGAUAACUUCAGUAAGGAUUCCACUCAGGCGGGUGGUGAUGAAGACUUCCGAAUGGAUAAGUACAUGCAGAAGAAGGAUGAGGAUUUUCGAGCUGGGAAAGACCAGACCUCUGUGGACUCCCUUAACCAGAACUCUGUGCUAUUAGACUUCAUAAGACUGGCAGCUAAGGAGUUAAAACAGCAGCAAGAGAAAGGAGAUGUCAAGAAGGAGACCGCAGGACAAACAGUCAUUCGUGCACCAGAGAAACAAUCAAUGGCCAAAAUGUCUAACCCGACUACAAGCACCCUUAAGUCAAGAGGAGAACAUACCCACAGUGUUGAAUUUCUGGGUCGACAGGACACAGACUACAGGAACAAGGAUUACAAUGAUGUUGAUUUAAGAGUUGGUUGUGCCUCGAAAAAGAAAUCUCAUGGAGAACUUCAGCCUGGGAGUAAGGAUAAAGACUAUAGAAGGAGUGCUAUCCCUGAUGGUGCCACCAGAAUUAUAUGGCUGGAUGGUCUUCCAACUGGAGGAUCUAGAGAAGAGAUCCUCUCUGCACUUGCCGGUGCAAGCCCCCUGUCUGAGCAAGGACCGAACCUCAUAGGAUACAUUCCAGGUUACAGCUUCGGCUCUGUCUGCGUGGAGUUUUCCCUCGUGGAAGAGGCCGUCGGAUGCAUGGAAGCCAACAAGGGCAUCAUACAUUUCAAAGGUAAGAAGGUCAAUCUGAAGUAUAUUCCCAAUUCAAACCGGUGGAAUUGUCAGCAGUGUAAGGUGGUGAACGUGUUAUCUAAGGAGAGGUGCUGGCAGUGCAGUGCGCUUAGGGCAGGAUCUGACCACCUGCUUCUCCGAGAUACUCUUAAAGAUGCCAAGGCGACACCCUUUCCUACUUCACGACGUGCCAGGAAACGUAAGGCCAAACAAAGUUCCACUACCCUCAGUCCUGACAGAAAGAAAAGGAACCCCCUGCCUAAAACCAACAAAGGAGGAAAGUCUGCAGAGUCUGAGAGUGCCACUGUCAUUAUUAGGGGAAUUCGUGUGAAGACAACCCCAGAGAGUGUGGUGAAAGCUCUUCGGCCCUAUGUGCAGCUGUCAGUUCGCAAUGUACGAAUCAUGAAAAACUGCAAGCAUGACUACCGGGGGUUUGGCUUCAUUGACCUAAAAAAUCACAAGGAAGCAAUCCGUCUCACUGUGUUAAUGCGAGAGCUGAAACCUCCACUCACAAUUGGUGGAAAACCCAUCUCUGUGGACAUUGCUGUUGGAGAGAGGAAGAAUGAACAAAGAAAGCUUCAGAAGAACAGAAAACGCAAAUUGCGGAGAAGAUCUUAUGCGACUGUGGAUCGUGGUCCUAGUUAUGUCUAUGACCCCAAAACUGGCAUGUAUGUGGACCCCCUUACCAACGCAUAUUACAGUGACAACAAAGCGCAGCGUAAAAAAGAUGAUACUAGUUAUCAAGUUCCAGGCAGUGAGAGGAAGGAGCCAUCGAGCCAACCAAGAAGAGGCUUUACUGAGGACAAGGAUUCAGAAGAGGAUCAGUUUAAGAGACCAUUACCCCCUUCUGUGACAAAAAAGGAGGAGACCCCUCCAGAGCCUAAAGAUAACCCGCUGAUUAAGCUGCUUGGAGAAUAUGGAGAAGACAGUGAUGAGGAAGAAGAGGAGGAGCAGCUUUUACCCCCAAUAAAGAAAAAGCCUGCUCCCCCUCCACCUCCAGUCAUCGCUCCAAAGCCUUCCCUUAAGCCUUCCCCUAAACCCACUGUACCCACAUCCAGCACCUUUGGCACCCAUGAAGAAAAUUUGACAGAUUGGAAGAAAAUGAUUUGCCUGUUGUGUCGACGGCAGUUCACCAGUAAGGACAUAUUGAUCAGGCAUCAGAAGUUAUCAGAUCUGCACAAGCAAAAUCUUGCCAUCCAGGAGAAGAUCAAAAAGUCCCGGAAGGAGCUGACAUACCUGCAGCAGAAGGAGCAUGAGGAAAAUCAGUCCAUACAGAGGAGGUUGCAGCAGGCCAGAAAAGAACUGGAGAUGCUGGAGCGAGAGGAGGAAUGCGCGCAGCAGGAAAGGAAAGGUCUGGACUCUGAUGUCCGAGGUCCUGGAAAAAAGAAAUCAAAAGGUUCAGAUACCUGCAGUGAACAUAAACCUAAAGUAAAGAGUGUCUGUGGCCAGAGACCAGCAGGAGAAUCUUAUCGGGAGAACAUGAAAAGGCUGAUCCUAGAGCGGUAUAAGGAGUUGGAAUGAGCCCCUCCCUUGUCAACGCAUCUGUGUUCUCUAUGUACUGCUGCUAUUUGUGUUUUUAUAAUAAAACGUAAUAAAACCUUAAAAAAAAUAUUGACUCCAAACAGAGACAUAUGGUUGGGAGGGUUUGUCUUAUUUAGUAUGUUUCAAUCAGGACUAGGCCAUCUCACACAGCCUAGGACUCCAAAAAAAAAAAAAAAUUAUAAUAAUAAUAAUAAUAAUAAUUAACCCCCCUUAAGGACCAAGCCCAUUUUGACCUUAAGGACCAGGCCAGUUUUAUUUUAGCAUUUUUGUUUUUUCCUCGUCUUCUAAAAAUCGUAACUUUUACAUUUUCAUCCACAGACUAGUAUGAGGGCUUGUUUUUUGCACGACUAGUUGUCCUGUGUAGUGACCUCUCAUUUUACCAUAAAAUGUAUGGCCCAACCAAAAAAAUACUAUUUGUGUGGGGAAAUUAAAAAGAAAACCGGAAUUUUGUAAAUUUGGGAAGGUUUCGUUUUCACGCCGUACAAUUUACGGUAAAAAUGACGUGUUCUUUAUUCUGUGGGUCAAAACGAUUAAAAUGAUACCCAUGAUUAUAUACUUUUCUAUUAUUGUUGCGC